CAGAGGUGCGCAGCGCCUUGCGGUCGCGGUAGGGACUCCAGACCUCAGCAGCGCUUUUUUACGCACAGACCGCCGCGGUCUGAGACGCGAGCAGGGAAAGACGAAUCCAAGCCAGCCCGUCCUCCUGGUCGACCCUUCCAGUCUCCGGAGGGCUCAUGGAGAGCGGAGCCCUGCUUGUCCGAACCGGGGCCAGCUUGAUCGGAUGUCUUUGGCCGCAGCAGCGCUGUUAGAUGAUUUACAUUCGGGAUUAAUUGGUUGAUCAAUGGCUCCCAAACAUGCGCUCCUUCGCAGAGGCGCCCGCGGCGAUAACACGGCGGUGAAACAGACGGCAUGGGUCCGGGAAGCGGGGAUGGCGGCCGCCUGUACGCCGAGGAGCUGGAGAAGGUCCAGGACUCCGAGGGGGAUCAUCAUCGGAGCGCUCCUGGUUCUGAUGAUGCACAGCUCUUCAGGCGCUGAAGCUGGGGAAGGCCAUUAUGUGGCAACAAAGCGCCGGGAUAUACCUCUGGACCCUGCAGUGCCACCAAUCCUCACAGGAGCUCCUAGUUUUAGAGACAGAGCUGGGGUUAAAGAGGUUUCUCCUGGAACAGGUCCUGAUGCUGAACUCAGACGUUGGCCUGAGGGUAAAGUGUUCGCCGAGGCGAAAGCUGCAGUCUGGGCAGAAACGGAGGGAGGAGUAGGCGCAGGAGCACAUGGAAAAGUCUUUGCCGAGGCUGGGAUUAUGACGGAAACUCGAGCUUGGGCCGAAGCAGGAUGGAGGCCGGUCGACACAGCGGAGGACGCACUGCCAAGUGUGCCCGAAGAUCCAGCUCCCAUGCUCGUGCAGGAGAAGCAGAGGACGGGUGGAGAGGUCCAAAGGGAGCAGGCAGCACUUUCGUCAGUUCUCACCGUGCUGACAGAGUCUGCAGAGCUGCAGACACCAGCAGUCAGAAAACCUUUAGGCCUGCUGUCUAAAGCGGCUUGGUCUAAAAGCUCUUCUUCGUCAUCCAAGGCCUUAUCUUCGUCCACAACAAAAGCAUCCUCUCUGCCCUCCUCUCCCUCCACUCCAUCCAGUAAAAAACUGAGCCCGACUCCAGCAUCAACCAAUAUAUCUUUGGUUCUUGGAAAGAACAGCUCUGCAGCCAACUACAGUUUGGAUGAAUUAGGGAGCAGUCUACCUGCCUGGGAUCUGCCCACUGUUCCCGAAUCGCUCCUGUCCACAGUGGGGGACCACGAUAUCACACUUCCUCCCAACGUCACCAGCCCUUUCUCCACCCACCAGUGGAAUACCACCAUGCCUGUGCGUCCCAGGACUCCUGUACAAAACACAACUACAGCAGCCACAACAAUUAAAUUAUCCCCGUCAACAACCACCACUUCAACCGUGCCGUUUUCUACCACAAAGAGAACAGAAGCACCACCAGAAUCCACCACAGCAACACUCAACACCAGCAAGGACACUGUGACCGAUGGCAGCCUUCAGCUGACGACGGUAACCACGACCACACCCUCAACGACCACCCUUGCUGUUGGCAGCACGGUGAUGGCAACGCAGGAGGUGCUGAUCAACAGGAGCUCUGUAGCUUCGCCACCGAACACCACAGCUGCUGCAGCCACAGAAGAAACAACAAGCCUCCCAGUCACAACGACUGUAGCUCUGCCAACAACGACUGCUACGACCACUCCGCCGCCUACUACAACCACCACCACCACCGUUCCCCCAACUACUACAACCACCACCACAACUACCACUACGCUCGCUCCGACUACAACCACGACUGUAUCAACUACCACUGCGGCUCCCACCACCACCACCACUACCACAACAAGCACCACCACCACAACAAAGGCGCCCACCACUACUGCGUUCGUCCCAGUUUUAACCACAACACUUCUGACAACAACCACACAAAUUCCCUCCACCACCAGUGCAGAGGAAAUGCCGCUGCCAUGCAAUGUGACGGAGAAGUUCUGGGUCAAAACGGUGUUGUCUAUGGAGCUGCGCAGGAACCGCCUGGAUCUGAUCCUGAAACAGAACCUUUCAAAAGGACUGAGCCAUGCGCUGCAGAGAGCCCUGAAUGACUCCAAAGCUUCUGCACAGGUGGAGCGAGACGACUGCAGCCCCCACAACCUGACUCUGGGUUACUACGUGACCAGCGGGAAAACUGUCUAUGUCUCCUCCAUGGUUGUCGAAGCGCUGAAUGUCUACGGCUUUGACAAGCUGCUGUCUGACAUCAGGCAGCACACCCCGCUGGUCAAGGCGGUUCUGGUUCCCGUGGCAACUUGGACCAGCGCCCCGCACAUUCACCUGCAGCUGAAAACAGUUCUGAGAUUUGUUGGGCCUACAGACAACAUCUACUCAUGCAGUUUUGUCCAGAUGUUAGAGCAGCGGCUGGAGAACGCAUUUGAAGAGGCUCAGGAUAAGGUGCUGGAGAACUACAACAGACUCACAGUGGAGAUCCAGAGUGUGUCUCAGGAGUCCGGCUCACCCUCAGUUACAUUGGUGUAUGUGGUGAAAAACCAGGAUGCAGUUCUUAACGGGACAAUAUCCAGCGGGCUCCUCAACCAGCUGACUGCAGAGCUGGUGGGAUACUUCCUGUUCUACCCACCACUGGUGAUCGCUGAGCCUCUUGAGUACCACAAUCUCAACACAUCUACAGCCACCAGGAACUACUGGGUGAUCACAGUGAUCCAGGAUGUGGACAGCUCCUCCCUGGAGGCCAACUACCAGAGCUUCGCCAGUCUCAUGGAGCAGCGGCUGGCUGAGCUUUUCCUGGUGGCCGGCAGGCAGGGCUCUCGGUCCAUGAGGUCCCGACGGGCCACCACUGUGGGCGGCUACACUGUGCAGAUGGUGAGCAUGCGACGGCUUCCAGGUCCGAAGAGCCCGGCAGAGAUGACCUACUACGCCCAGCUGAAUGGAUCUCCUAUCACAGGAAGCGCAGCUGCAAAGACCCUCAGCAGUCUGGACUCCCAGACCAUGGCUCUAACGCUGGGAUACUUUGUGCAAGUGCAAGCCGAACCUGUGGUAAAGACACCACCAGGCAACCUGUGGAUCAUGGCUGUCCUCACACCUCUCUUCUUAUUGAUGGUGGUGAUUGGAAUGGUGGCCUUCAUCCUGUGCAAAAGGAACAGGGUCAUUUUUAAAUCUGGUGCAUUCAGGACCUUCAAAACUCGAUCCAAGACGUCAUAUCGAAGGGAGGGCAGUUACCACCACCAGCCCGUCCAGGGCUUUGACUACGCCAAGAAGCACCUAGGUCGAACUGGUGACGAGGGUGUCUCCAUUACCAAGGAGACGCUGGUGUUGGGCAUGCCUGUUCGAGAUGCUCCCCUUUCCAUGUCACUGGAUAAGAAGGUUCACCAGGAUGGAACUGCAAGUAAAAGACCUCCGUCUGCUGAUAUACACAAGGGCGGACGGUUGCCAAGUGAGGAGGACGGCUCAGUGUCGAGUAACAGCUCAGGGAAGCUGAACACCAGCAAGAGCUCCUCGGCCCGGAGGACCGCGACAGGCAACAGCAGCAAGAACGGCAAGGAGGAGCUGCACAAGAGAAGCAACAAUGACCCAUAUGAGGACCAUUCAGGCUCUCUGCGGCUCAUCACCAUUAAACCUAUGACGGCCCAGCCCACCUACUCCUAUCCCUCCUCCUCUUCACACAGCCAGGACUCCGUGGUCGUCAAUGGGGAGGCAAACCACGUUGGGCUGAAGCAGAAGUCUGACAUUGAGCACUACAGAAACAAACUGCGUCAGAAGGCCAGAAGGAAGGGCUACGGCGAGUUCUCGCUCUCCGAGAGCCUCAACCAUGGUUACAGCCACCGUGACAGCAGGCACAACCGGCAUGACGCCGGCAUCAAACAGCCCAUGACCGCCGAGGAGAAGAGGGCCUCUUUUGCAGGAUGUCACAAGAGGUACUCACACCCUCGAGAGCCCAACUACUGGAGCCGUCAGUCUCUGAGCAGCCCCAGCCCGGUGGAGACUGAGAUGGACCUGCUGGUGCUGAGGGAGAGAUCCAGGAGGGGGAUCCGGAAUAACGGCUACGACGGUGAACCAGAACCGUUUGAGGAGACCAACGUGGACCGUCUGAUGAGCUCUCUGGGUUACGGAGGAGGAUCUACUGGAACCGGGAACAGCAGUUUGGGGGUGAAAGCUCACCGUGGCUCCGACUCCUCCACACUCAGCUCGCAGCCAUCCAUUGACGAGGUCCGCACGCAGAUGCACAUGUUGCUUGGCAACGCUUUCAGCCUGGCGCCUCCGGAUCAUGACCCUCCUUCCCCUCCAACCAACCACCACCAUCACCAUCUCCAUGCCCACAGUGUCUACAACCCCUCCCAUAGCAGCCACUACAACGAUGGCGUGACCAGCGCCCCGGGGACUAUGAACCACCCCUAUGCAGGCAGGCAGAGGAACGCAGGUUAUGAGGACAUGCAUCAGUGCAGCCUGCCUAAACCGGGUUUCCGGUUCACCCAGCUUCCUGAUAUGGGCAUCGGUUCUCCCCCGCCUCUAAUCCCCUCCAGACCAGGACCGCCACCUGGGACCUCAAUACGAUGUAACAGCUCCACCCCUGAUGUGAGUCUGAAGCCCCGUGUGUCCGAAGCGUCAGAUCUGCAGGCCCAGCAGCACAACGGCGCCCCCUAUCUGCCGCUCGCCAGGACCCCUUUCCCUGCUGUCACUGUGGAUCAGUCCAUCAGCACCUACUCAGGAAACCCAAUCACAGCAGUCUACGCGAUAUCAGCCAACCGCCCGGGCUACUCGGACUACUUUGUCAUGUCUCCUCCGUCCUCAUACCGGAGCCCCUCCUGGAUGUCCUACCCACCUGAACCUGAAGAUCUACCCCGGCAGUGGAACGACACACCUAACUCGCGUCACCUCGAGACCAUCUGCUGAAGAUGGCCGCCUCUGACACCCAGCAGAAACACUCUGAAUCGGCAUCUCUAUGGCCACGUAGAUGACCUCUUCCCCUCUGAAGGCAUUCUCCAGCUUCAUGAACCUUCAUCCUCCCUGACCUCCACCUCAUCAAUGUCCCCGAGAGCCUGUUUUGGUUCUCCAAAGUUCCUCUGCCCCAGCGAAUCGUUCACUUCCUCCUCUUUAAUCUCUUUACCAAUGACUUCCUCAGCCAUAUUUCUCUCUCUCUCUAUAUCCUGAGCAACCCCUGGCUUCUGUAGUAUGUUCAGGCCCCCCUUAACUCUCCUGCGGUGCCCACUGCUGUACAGCCAGAGGCCCCUCACCCUGGUUGGUGAAGCUGAGCUGAGCUUCCUACAGUGUGGAAGAACAGGAUGAGUACAGCACAGUGUGACUAACUCCAGAGAUUAUUUGCCAUCUUCCCAGCACACAAUGGCACACAGUCAUCAGUACGUUACUGCCCCAGCAAUGGCCAUUACUACACCUCGGCACUGGACCAGGCCGGUCUGGACUAGACUGCAACUGUCCUGGACUCAAGGUCCACCAUGAAGCCAGGAAAGCUGAACUGACGUAAAACUGUGCUUUUUUUUUUUGUUGAUGAAUCCAAAUUCCUCUGUAAAUCUUAUACAGCUGGUAAAUAUGUGUAUUUUAAAGUUGAGCGAGGAAAAAAAUUAAGGGAGAAAAAACAAAAAAACAACAACAAAAAAUCUCUCAUCCUGAGCUGUCUCAAUUUUAGUUUUUGGAUAUUUGUGUGCUUUUGUCUCAUACUUUUGUGCAUUGAUUAUUAUCAAUGGAUUACUACUCAAGACAAAACUGUGGGUGUUGCUUAUUCACUCACAAUAGUUCGACCAGAGAACCGCGUUCCAUUCUUUGAGGCAGAGAAAUCAGCAGCUUAGUCGUGUGUGGUUAUGACGGCUUUUCUAUACUUUAAAAUAACCAUUUGUUUAACGUUUUCGCUUCAGUAGAUUCAGUAACGAAAAGAAGACUUACCCACAAUGUUCUGUCUAUCAUCUGAUGACGUUUCUGUCCGCUUAUCGUCUCCUGGGUCAAACUGAAAUCACGCAACCAUUCUGAGAUUUGUUCCCAACGUUGAGCGCUGCGGAAAACAGGAAUGGCGCUUUGUUCGGAUGAUUUUCAGUUGUAGUUUGACCCGAAUUCUCCUCUGUUGUGUGAACAAAUCAGUAUUAAGCUGUUUUACUUGAAAGUUGUCCACCGUGUUCUACUGUAUAACGAACUCCCACUUUUUGUUACUUCUGUCUGUAGGAGGACGGUUUACUGUAUGGACUGUGAUGUCGGGCUGUCCAAAUGACUUGUUGGUCUCUGAGGAGCCAGACGCGAUAAGGAUCACAUGAAUUGUUGUAAAUAACAGAUGAUUUAAUAGAGAGAUUUAUGCAAGCAGUGUGGAAACGAAACUUUGCUGGCGCCAUUUUCCUUCUUAGUUUUUGGGUGUUUAUGUUGAAGAAUGAGCAGACUGUUUUUGUAACACAGACUUUCUGAAGGUUGCACACAUUUCAGCAUCAUCUCUACUACCAAUCAGGUUUCCUAAAAAAAAAAACAGGUUCUGUUUAGAGAUCUGGCAGUCCAAAAUUUCAAUUAACAUCACUCCUCAUAGAGAUAAAUAUCAUAAUAAUCUGGUUUUUAAUCUUUUAUUUGAAUUGUUUUAUUUCCAGGGUAUAUUGAUUAUACAUACAUUCACCAAAAUUAUUUCAUACAUACUGCUGAAGGUUCUAGAAAGUCUUUUAACUUGAUAAGACCAAGAUCUAUCAACGCAUGGUUGGUGAGCAUCAUUGUCCGCAGGUAGUUUCUCUUGAAUUUUGACAGAACUCAUUGUAAGAUUGACCAUUGUUAAGAACAACGUUAAAGUCCUAGGAACUGAUUUAAGAUCUACAGGAGGGGGAAUUGUAGAUUUACAGGAGUUAAGGAAGUCUCUUGGAGCCAUUUCUAGUCUGCAGAAUGGAGCGUCAUCAAAAAGCUCUGUCUAUGUACAAGUUAUUCGGAUGUAGCACCACUGUGCCAAGGUCGGGAAGAAGACCCAAGCCGUCCCGUUUAGAUGACUAAAAGAUCUGUCUUGGUUGUGCACAAACUUCUCAGGAACCAACAAGACCCGAACUUACCUUUAACUGGAUGCUGAUUUAGCUUUUUGACUUUAGGAGUCAAAGUGAAGCUUUUAAAACAAACAACACGGCAUCAUCUGUUAAGCAUGGUAGUGGUAGCGUCCAUCCUGUGGGGGUGUUUUACUGCCAGUUUUUCCGGCAGCGUGCCAUGAACAAAAAAACUGCAGCAACACCAGCGCCACUGUCUAGAAUAGCCAGCUUUACAUCACUAAAGACUGAGAACAGGAAAAACAUUGCUGUUACAAAAUCAACACCUUAAAGCAUGACUGAAAUCUGCAACUGCCCACACGGACAUGGUUAAUGCCUACUGACAUGGUGUGGAAAUCAUUGACAAUGCCUACUGCAGAUCUGAUCCAUGGUCAGAGGAGACAAGUAUUGGGCUAUUUGACCACAGUAACAAGACAUAUGUUUGGAGGAAUCAGGGUGACGCUUGAAGACCUAAAAACGCUUUACUACGCGUCAACCAUGGUGGCGGCAGCAUCAUGCUGUUACCCUGUCGGUGGUACUUGUGCAUUGCAAAAAAGUGGAUGAAAUAACAAAGGAGACGGCCUGGAAUAUCUUCAGUUUUGCCUAAAAUCAACACCUAGAUGGAUGAUAUUUGGAUGCAUUUGGGUCUUCUAACAGGACAUUGAUAAAAACAGUUUUUUUUUUCUUUUUUUAAGGAUGUUGCAGGCUAACAUUGAGCCUCUGUAAUAGCCACAACUUAAACAACAUUAAAAAUAGGCUUAAAAGCUUUGUCUCUGCCUGGAAACCAAACAAUUUGAAUCCGUUUUACAAUGUGAGUCAAAAAUUAGUGUUCAAAUGUCUGGACAGAAUUAUGCCAGAAGCUUGUUGAUCGUUUCAGAAGUGUGUGCACAAAGUUGCUAAGGGACUUGAAGCAGAUAUUAGCUUAGGUUUAUGCAAAUAUUUAAGCCUGUAUAUGUGGCCUAAUUGUGUUAGACCCAUGUAAGAUGGAAACCAGGUUUGCGGUACAAAAAUAGCCCUAAUUUGAACCUGGAGUUUCCUGGAGCAGCCGCUAAUCCUGCUCCAUAGUAUGAGCUCCUGGCGUCUCAAAACAACACAUAAUUACAAAAAGACAAGCAAGUUCAGAGAUUUAAAGCUAUAACUACAGUAUUCAACAGUAAUAGCCAUAACUAGUGGGAUUAAUGCAAUAUUUUAUUACCAAGAAUAUCUAAAAUGCAUUAUUUUUUAAUAGAGUAAAAUUCUGUGAGCACUCUCAUCAUUUAGAUUUUAGUGAAGGAGGUUAUAGCCAUAUGUUAACAUCACUUAGUGACCAUAAAAACGGUGUUGUGUCAAAAUAAAUGAUGCCAAAUAAUAAAAAAAGAGUAAUCAGAGCUAAACUAAUGCCAAAUGUAAUUUACAGAGCUGUUCAGACUCAAAACUUUAAACUAAGCUAUAAAUAUACAGCAGUGGAAUACAGCUGCUUUGCAAUAGAGUUUAACUAUUCAUAAAUAAACACAAGACCUAAAGGUGUUAUUUUCUAUUUGAAAAUGUUAUGGUCCUAUUAUAUGGCUGGAGAAAGCACUUUGUCUAUGUGAACUUACACAGCUAAUGUUAAAACUGAAACGAGGGAGUCUUCCUUCUCUUAGAAAAAACAGCUAAGAAUGCAUCAGCUACAAAAAUAACUUUUAUUGAAUGUCAAAUUUAUAAUUUUGUGAGCUUCUAAACCUGCACUGAACCAUAUAUAUAAAAAAAAAUGUUUGGUAAUUUUUAAAUUGUUUUUGAUUUUGACUGCACUACUCUUUGGCUGUGGAUGUUUCUUCUUUUUUUUUUUUUUUAAGAAAAAAUAUGUUUAAGAGUUUUAAUAUAGACCCACACAAUUUAUAAUAGGUGCUGAAAGAAGCAUUUGUGUGAAGGAAGUUGCUUCCCCCCCCACCUUCCCACUGUUUGUGUGAUAAAUACGGACAGAAAGCAAAAGAGCGAGAUGGCAGAACUUCAGUAGUAUGAGCACGCACAGUACUGUUACCAUGUCAUUCCUGGACAAUUAGAACUGCCAUUGUAUUUUUAAAAUCAUCCUCACUGUACAGACUCAUGUAAUUAAAGACAAAAGAGAAAGAGGAAAAAAAAACUUCCCUUCAUGUUUCUUAUUUAAAGAACCUGUGUUAAAGCGCUAGAGGGUUGGUGUUUUUUUUUAUUUUUUAUCUUGGUUUAGUCUUUAAAGCAGCAGCUGGAAAGACAUAUGAAGCUCGGCUGGACGUUUAUGUCCAAUGUUUCCGCUGAACACCUAUGACGGCGAGAAGAUUUCAUUGUCAACAGGAUUCAGGAUGGACUGGUGUUAUUUUCAGCACCGUCAUGAUGCUGCGAUGUCAUGAUGGACGCUAAUGAUGUCACACUGUCGUCACUUUGGUGUUGAUGAGCUCACAGUGGCGAUUUGAACGCUCUUGGAUGUAGUCAAGCUAAAUAAAAAAGAAAAACUUUGGUGAAUUUAAACAAUAAAUGCAAAUGAUAAUU